UACACCUAGCAAGGUUGCAGAAAGACAAAUGGCGACGCUAUAACCUAGGCGACAGUGGGAACCUCACAAGAAUUGUUGAAAAAAAAUCGUUUCAAAUAAUGAGUGGUACAGAUGAGCCCACCGAUCCGUUUGAAGGGACCCAUGAGGUGCAGAUCUGUGGUCCCGGAGAGAUGGAAUCCAACUUGGACAGUUUUUUCAAAAACUGCAAGAAAAAUCCUGGCCAUGCUGGCUUUGUACCCGUCAACGACUUUAAAAUGGAGCACCUUCCUCCCGGUUACCAGGACAACGAUGUUGUCGAUUUGAUCAAGGCCAUGGCGGAUUUAACGGUCAGGAUUUGUAUCAAAUCUACAAGUCUCGACAGACCCGAGUUCAUCGAGAACACAAAGGACCCCUACCCGUGCUAUAACGAGAGGGGAACGAAAUCACUGAGGUCAGGGACGGGGAGGGUCGAUCACGUGAUCCAGCACACGGAGGAAGAGAAUGAAAGCUGCCCUUGCGAGGACUGCAUGAAGUCUGGCAGCCCCAGUAAAGUGUGGGCGGAAGUUGUCGUGUUGACAGCGAGGCACGUGAUCUUUGACGAGAGCGAGGCCAAGAGCUCAAAAUGCCGGUUAUGGUUUUUUGAGGACAAAUGCCCGAUGGUCACGGUGGCGGGGUACAAACUGGGCAUGUGGGGCUCAGGGGUGGGGGGAGAUACCCGGGCGCUGUGCUGUGUGACCCACGACAUGGACGUUGCCGGUAAGCUGCAGAAGAUGUGGUGCCGGAUGUACCGCGCGUGCGAAAAGGUGAAGGCCAAGUACACACCGGAUGUGGACAAGCUGAUUGUGAUUGUGUCACACCCCCAUGGCUGCUCCAUGCACGUCUCAGUAGGUCACUGGCUGGAUAAGACGUUCGUUAAGUCCAGCGAUAACGUUAGCAAGUACUCAUACAAUGCCUGCACGUGCCCAGGGAGUAGCGGGGCGCUGGUCUACAGACUGGGCAGUGGCUGGUCCGGACACCCCCACAGUGGAGGCAACAGUAGGUUUAAUUACAGUGGAGUGUGGGUGGAUUCAAAUGUCAAAUAAAUGCACUAUUUGCUAACUCUCCGAUUAAAGUAAGGACUUCAGCAGUGUAGUGACGUCUACCAUUUACUCUGAUCUUUUUGUGCAAAUAGUAAACCGUUACUUGCGUGUUGUAGAGUUUAGGCCUAAUCUUUUUGUUGUUAACGUUUUAAAACCAUGUAAACAAUACACAUGUAUUUAGGUUUGUUGCUAGAUUUUGUAGAGUUUUCUAACACAACUUGCAGAAAAUUAAACUUAAAAUUGCACAUCAGCUUUUGAAAGGUAGCUUCUGUAAGGUGAUU